CAAGCCUCUAGAGCUGGAAGCCAAUCACAGUGCAACGAGCGUCCACCACAGCCACGCGUCUACUUUCAUGUUUCAUCACAAACAUUGUCAGUGUGAAGGAGUUUCAAGUCGUCCUGUUAGCUUUCCAGUUCACCUCAAAGAGGUUUUAUGAUGCUGGUGGUGCAGUUGCAGAGAGGUGUAGCGAGGCAUGCUGGGAGCAGGCCCCGGGGCAGAGUGGAGCGACUGAUAUCACCAGCACGUGGCAUCAGCUCAUCUUCACAGCAGCUGUCUGCCCCUGGGAGGACUCAGUGUUCAUCCUGCACUGAUACUGACCACCCUAAAGUCCUUAUCACUGGAGGACUUGGACAGCUGGGGGUGGGGCUUGCCAAGUUGCUGAGGAGACGAUUCGGAAAAAACAACGUGAUCCUGUCUGACAUCCGGAAACCCCCAAACCAUGUUUAUCAUAACGGUCCAUUCAUCUUCUCAGACAUCCUGGACUAUAAGAACCUCAGGGGGAUUGUGGUCAACAACAACAUCAGCUGGCUGGUUCACUAUUCAGCCGUGCUGUCUGCUGUAGGAGAGAACAACAUCACUCUGGCCAGAGAGGUCAACAUCACAGGUCUCCAUAACAUAGUAGACAUUGCAACCGAACAUGGUCUGCGUGUGUUUGUCCCCAGCACGAUCGGUGCCUUUGGUCCGUCCUCGCCCAGGGACCCCACCCCUGAGCUGUGUGUGCAGAGGCCGCACACCAUCUAUGGCGUCUCCAAGGUCCACGCCGAGCUGAUGGGUGAGUACUACCACCACAGGUAUGGGCUGGACUUCCGCUGUCUCAGGUAUCCAGGCAUCAUCUCAGCUGACACCCAGCCCGGAGGAGGAACCACAGACUACGCUGUGCAGAUCUUCCAUGCCGCCGUGAAGACUGGUCACUUCGAGUGCAACCUACGCAGCGACACACGGCUUCCCAUGAUGUACAUAGAUGAUUGUCUCAGGGCGACUCUAGAGUUCCUGGAGGCUCCAGCAGACUCACUGGCCAACCGCACCUACAACAUCAAUGCCAUGAGCUUCACACCACACGACCUCACUCAGGAGAUACGCAAAGUCCUGCCUGACCUCAAGGUCACCUACAAUGUGGAUCCUGUCCGACAGGCUAUAGCGGACAGUUGGCCAAUGGCGUUAGAGGACAGCGCAGCGAGGCGGGACUGGGGCUGGAAGCAUGAGUUCAACCUCCCAGAGCUGGUGCAGACCAUGCUCACUCACAUCACCACAGGAAACCAGCUGGCACAAGCCUACUGAGCCUUUAUGUAGCUUUUUUUUCUUAGCAACACCAUACAAAGCUUUAUUUAAAAGGAAGAGACAUUUUUAGCCUUUACUGUUACACUUACGUUGUAAAUCACAAAAAAAUCAGAUGGUGUUCAAAUCAAAAACACCAAUUUAACAAUGAAAUGAAAAUAUAAGCCUCAAUAUCAGAGGCAAAAAACAUUCCAAACAUUCCAUCUGUUCACUUCAUCCCUCUUUUCCCUCUCUGUUCUCAUCCAUCCAUCCAUCCAGCUUUUGUGGAAAACUAAAGGAGCAUGCUGGAUAGUGUCACUAAGUUACUGAA